AUGAUGAUUGAAAACUUCCAUCGACAAGAACAAACAAAAUUAACAAGUCCGAUCUUGAAGCAACAUUCAACCAACAAUCUCAAAGGAAAUAAUCAGAACGAUGGCAAUUGGGAAACUGUACUAGCUCGUAGAAAUAAUAAAAGAAUGAACACUGAAAAUAAUGUCGAUUAUCGUCAACAAGCUAAAGUGUUGCCUAAGUCUAAUCAACUCCAUGUCUCAUCUUACAAAAAUCGAAUUUCUUCCUCAUGUCACAUCAAUCAACAAACAACAAACGAAGAAACUCGAAUACCAAUUACAAACGAUGCACUAGAUUAUGCUUCUAAUUACCAUUUUCCGCCAUUUAAGUUAGAGUGCCUCUCGAAAAUUCGGGAUAGAAAAGAUGGAACAAAGUUGAUUAAUGAAUUAAUUAAAUUCAUUACACCUGGUUUUCUCAUUCAAAAUCCACGUUUCUCACAUGACAUUCUUAUUGAUCUUUGGUGGAUUGAUCCUGAUGGAAAUAUCCAAUUAAUAAUAAAAGCAAUUGAUCUAUAUGUCUAUUUAUAUAAACGUGAUCGAUAUCUUAAUCAAUUGAAUAAUGUCAAAAUUAACCCAAUUCCUCCAACUCAUUUACCACCGCAACAUACAGUGAUAAAAAAAUAG